CAAUCAAUAUCAACACAUCUGAGAUCGCUAAAUGUUCGGGAGUUCCGCUAUUCAAUCCUUUUCCUUCUUCUUGUUGCUGUGUAUCUCGUUCAUACACAUCUUCUCUUUGUUUCUCGAGCCUAUAGUGAGUUACAGACAGAGUUCGAAAAUGUCAAGUUUUUUAUGAUUCCAUCAUGCACGGUUGAGUUGCAAAAACUUCUGAAUAGAUAUCCCACACCUGAACUGGAGACGGGAGGAAGAAUCCCAAUUUAAAUAGGGAAAUGAGAGAGGGAAAAAUUCUCGGGCCCCAUCCCUGCAGCCGAAUGUUUCUCAUCUCCGGAAUGGAAAUUGAGAAAGCUUAAUGCAUGCUAGCCUUGAAUCAAAUCAUCACUGAGUUUUAUUUAAUCACGCUUCUUCUCCAUCUCGCAAGAAUUCAACAAGAACCAAGAGCAGAGAAAAAUGGAGAAGAUCUCGCAGGCUGGCGCUGCAAACGACGAGCUUAACGAUGGAAAAGAUGCCAUUAACAAUGUCUCGGUCUGUGGUUAUGACUCGCUCCAUCAACUCCUCGCUCAAAAUCUCAAACCUCAGAUUUUCCAGGAAGUUAGCCGGUUGCUUCUAGGACUUAACUGUGGGAAGCCGCUUCAAACUAUUUCUCUUGCAGAGCCUGUGAAGAGUCUUUCUCUAAAGCAUGAUUUUGACCUCCAGGCUUUCUGCUUUCACGCUGACAAGGAAUCAGUGAGAGAACCUCGAAUAGUAAGGGUUGGUCUCAUUCAAAAUUCUAUUGCUCUUCCGACAACCGCCCCCUUUUCAAACCAAAAGAGGGCUAUUUUUGAAAAAGUAAAGCCAAUUAUUGAGGCAGCAGGUGCUUCUGGAGUCAACAUAUUGUGCUUGCAAGAAGCAUGGAUGAUGCCAUUUGCUUUCUGUACCCGGGAGAAGGGGUGGUGUGAAUUUGCAGAGCCAGUUGAUGGGGAAUCGACGCGGUUUCUUCAGGAUCUUGCAUUAAGAUUCAACAUGGUUAUUGUAAGUUCCAUUCUUGAGAGAGAUGUUAAUCACGGAGAAACUUUGUGGAAUACUGCCGUUGUUAUUGGAAAUAAUGGAAACAUAAUUGGCAAGCAUCGCAAGAACCAUAUACCAAGAGUUGGCGACUUUAAUGAAAGCACAUACUAUAUGGAAGGAAACACCGGGCAUCCUGUGUUCGAGACAGCCUACGGGAAAAUUGCAAUAAAUAUAUGUUAUGGGAGGCACCACCCUUUGAACUGGUUAGCUUUCGGGUUAAACGGUGCUGAGAUUGUUUUCAAUCCUUCGGCGACUGUUGGCGAACUCAGCGAACCAAUGUGGCCUAUUGAGGCCCGAAAUGCUGCAAUAGCAAACAGUUAUUUUGUCGGAUCGAUCAAUCGUGUUGGGACCGAGAUUUUCCCGAAUCCAUUCACUUCAGGCGACGGGAGACCGCAGCAUACAGAUUUCGGUCACUUUUAUGGAUCCAGCCAUUUCUCUGCACCAGAUGCAUCUUGCACUCCCUCACUCUCUCGUUUUCGAGAUGGUUUAUUAAUCUCUGACAUGGAUCUUAACUUCUGUAGGCAGCUGAAAGAUAAAUGGGGGUUCCGAAUGACUGCUUGGUACGAGUUGUAUGCCGAAAUGCUUGCUCGGUAUCUAAAGCCCGAGUUUGAGCCUCAAGUCAUUUCUGAUCCUUUGUUAAACAAGAAGGCUUCUUGAAGAAUAGGCAACUGGUAAGUUACCUAUCAAACAUUUUCUAAUCCAAUUGGAAAAGUAUGCUCACUUUCGCUUCUGUUUGUAAGCUUUGCUCAUAUUUUACAUGAAAGAAAUGAAAUAAUAAACGCAUUAUGCUGAUGGAUAGAAAUUAAAUAUGAGUUUGAAUUGGUUGAAGGGCUUAG